AUGCCAGCUCUAGCCCCCGCAUUGGCUGAGGGGGCGGCCCGGUUUGUGCUGGCCCUGGCCGCGGCUCUCUGCUGCCCGCCGUGCGCCCCGGCGGCCGCAACGCUGAACACUGUGCUGGUGAACUCCAACGCCAUCAAGAACGGGCACUCGGGGCCCGGAGGCGGCGGUGGCGGCGGUGGCGGCGGUGGCGGCGGCAGCAGUGCUGGGCUGGUCCCCUUCUGGGCAGUCAGUGUGGCUCCGGGAGACAGCGUUCUGUUCGACCGACCCAACGGGUACAUGCACGUGGACAACAAACACCAGCAGCACUUUACCUGUGUGGAUGACAAGGACUGCGGUCUGGAGGAGUACUGCGACAUUGGCUCCCGGGGCGGCGGCAGUCCAGGAGGCGGCGGCGGCGGCGGCAGCAGCAUCGGGGUGCAGAUCUGCCUACCCUGCCGCAAGCGCCGCAGGCGCUGCCAGCGUACGAUCAUGUGCUGUCCAGGAAACUACUGCAGCAACGGGAUAUGUGUGCCUUUGGAUCAGAACCAUUUACAUGCAGUAGAAAUGGAUGAGAUGACCACAGAACCAGUGAAUAAUGAUCACAGUCUCUUAGAAGGCCAGCCCAGGAGGACCACUCCUUCUGCCAAGACCAAAGGUCAGGAAGGUGCCGUUUGCCUCCGCUCCUCCGACUGUGCCGAUGGACUCUGCUGUGCUCGGCACUUCUGGUCCAAGAUCUGUAAGCCUGUGCUCAAGGAAGGUCAAGUAUGCACCAAGCACAGAAGAAAAGGCUCUCACGGACUGGAGAUUUUCCAGCGCUGUUUCUGUGCGGAAGGCCUGUCCUGCCGAGUACAGAAAGAUCACUUAACUAAUAAUGCUUCUAGGCUUCAUACCUGCCAGAAACACUGA